GCAAUUUAAAACAAAUAUAUAUAUUUUAAUGCAAAAUAGUGUAUAAAUAUUUAUUUAUGUAAAUUUAUUAAUUGCGAGAUACUUUUUUAAUUGUUUGAUCAUACGUUUACUAUGCUAAGUUAGAAAGAAUAGAACAAUAAGUAAAACCGGCUGCAGCAGCAUGUUCAACAGAUUGACUUUUUUGUUAUGUAUCUUGCUACUAAUAUUAGAUAUUACUAUUGCAAAUAAUAAACAUCAUAAAUCAAAAAAAAAAGUACAUCGUGAAGAUGUCAUUAAAGUCUCUCACGAGUAUAAAGAUGGACGCUUUACUAAAACCCCAAAUUUUAACGCUCGUCAGCUUACAAAAAAUGACAAAGUUUAUUUAGGAAAGUUAGAAGACGCUCUGCAAAGCAAAGAAGGAAAAUUGUUAUAUACAAACUCAUGGGCUGUUCAGCUCAAUCCAGCCGAAGUUGCCCAAGCAGAUAGAAUCGCCAAUAACCAUGGUUUUGAAAACUUAGGACAGAUUGGAAAUUUAGAAGGAUUCUUUCAUUUUAAACACAAAAAAACAAAGAGUAGAGUAAAAAGAGCUUUGCAUCAAACAACUAAGAAAUUACUAGAAGAGAAUCAUGUAUUAUGGGCUGAACAGCAACAUCUUCUUGAUCGUCGUAGAAAAGAUGGAAUACCCACAGAUCCAAAAUUUAAAGAGCAAUGGUAUUUACUUAAUAAUGGUCAAUCUACUGGUCCAUCUGGGGUUGAUAUUAAUGUAAGGCCUGUAUGGGAGCAGGGUAUUACAGGAAGAGGAGUUGUUGUAAGCGUCUUAGAUGAUGGUGUUGAUCAUAAUCAUCCUGAUCUCAGAGAUAAUUAUGAUCAAAAAGCAAGCUAUGAUUUUAAUGACAUGGAUGCAGAUCCAAAACCGAGAGAUUCUGACCCAGAUAAUUGCCAUGGAACACGAUGUGCUGGUGAAAUAGCAGCAGCCGCAAAUAAUUCUAAUUGUGGGGUUGGUGUGGCCUAUGAUGCAAAUAUUGGUGGUGUUCGAAUGUUAGACGGGCAGGCAACUGAUAUCUUAGAAGGAAGUUCUUUAAGCUUUCAGUCAAACUACAUUGAUAUCUAUAGCAAUUGCUGGGGACCCAAAGAUGAUGGUAAAACCUUUGGUAAACCUGGUCGUUUGGCUCAAGAAGCAUUAAUGAGAGGAGCCUUAGAGGGUCGAAAUGGAAAAGGGAAUAUCUAUGUUUGGGCUACAGGUAAUGGAGGUUUGACAGAUGAUGAUUGUAAUUGUGAUGGUUACACAACAUCAAUUUUUACAAUUUCAAUUGGGUGUAUCAGUGAUCAUGGACUAUCUGCAUAUUAUACAGAACUAUGUUCUUCAACACUUGCUGUUACAUUUAAUGGAGGCUCACAUCGUGAAAAAGAGGAAAACAAAAUGAUAACCACAGACUUACAUGGCAAAUGUACUGAUGAAUUCAAGGGAACAUCAUCUUCUGCACCUCUUGCUGCUGGUAUUAUUGCUCUUGUGCUUCAAGCAAAUCCCAAUUUGAGUUGGAGAGAUGUUCAACACCUAAUUGUGAAUACUGCACAAGUAACUAGUCCAGUGGAUGAGGGUUGGAUGGACAAUGGAGGUGGGUUUCAUUUUAAUCAUAAGUUUGGUUUCGGUCGAUUAGAUGCAGGUAAAAUGGUAGAAGCUGCAAAACACUGGCGAAAUGUACCUAAACAAAGAAGAUGCAAUGGUCCUUCCAGCAAUUCUGUUCAAGAGAUUCCUGCUGGAGGUACUCUCUCAAUUACUAUUGAUACAAUAUCAUGUGAAGGAACAGAAAAAGAAAUCACAAAAUUAGAGCAUGUUACAUUGACCGUCUCUUUUCAGCACCGACGUCGUGGUGAUGUCAGCAUUGAUUUGUUUUCUCCAAUGGGUACUAGAAAUGAGAUGUUAUCAACACGACGCUAUGAUGAUAGUGAUAAAGGUCUUCAUGACUGGACUUUUAUGACAGUUCACAAUUGGGGUGAAAGCCCUAAGGGAAUCUGGACCUUAAAUGUUACAGAUAAUAUCUUGGCAUUAACAAGUAAAGGUUUUAAUUUAAACGGUUACUUGCAGCAUGAUACAAGCAAACAAGAGCCAGAUGUCGAAGACUUAGAAGAAGAAGUAAUUGAUGACGAAAAGAAAAUGAGGGAUUUGGAGGAGAAGAAAAAGAAAAAGAAAGAGGCUGAGAGCUCUUCUAUUUUAGAUGUUCCUUAUCCUGAUGGUGUUAGAAAGCGAAAUAAAAUUAGAACUUACUCUAUAAAAACAGAUGAGUUAGAUGAAGACAGAAAUAUUUUACAAAAAGAUGCAGAAAUCUUAUCUUUACUCCAUAAUUCUGCUAAAAAAACAGUUGUAACUGACAACAACGACUUAGGUCUCCAGAGUACAGAAAGUUACGGAGAAAGUAACGGAGAUGUAAGUGCUGUUGAAGGAGAAAAGAUUUUUCAAAAUGCGGAUGAUUUAUUUGGAAAAUCUAGUAUAACUAAAGAUGACGGAGAAAAUGAUCAAGUUUAUGGUUACGAUAGAAACUUUGCCCAAAUUCAAAAAAUGCAUGAUAAAGAAGCAUCUAAAAGGACUGGGCUAUCUUAUCAAGAUCCUCGUGUUCAAGUGCAAGAAGAAACCGGUUCCCAGAGAGUCCAAGUUAGUAACGGUUUUCAAGAACCUUUUUUACCAUCUCUAAAUGCCAAUGGUAGGGUUAGUUCCGGACAGCUUUUAGAAUGGAGUUUAUGUUUUUAUGGCACCGGACCAGAAGAAGAAAAUAAUUAGAGAUAUUGAAAUUGUUUAUAUAAAUAAUUGCUUAAAACUCUCUGAUGAAUCUAUACUCUAUCCAAUUUUAUAAAAUAGAAAAAACUUUAUAAGUCCAGUAUAAACUCGCUUUUAAUGUUAGUAGGGCUAAUUUUUAGUGUAUAUAUAAUUGUUAAGAAAAUAUCUUUUUCGUAAA